AUGAAACUUUCACAAUUGUCCUUCGUUAUUGGGUUUACCUCAUUCGCUGUCGCGCAAAAUCAGACAGAGCUCGUCUCCCAGUUGCCAAAAUGUGCCUACGACUGUCUCUAUGAAGCGGGCCAGUCAUCGGGAUGCUUAGAUGCUACAAACUUCUCAUGUUUCUGUGGCUCAAACAAAGAAGCUAUUGUAAAAAGUGCUGUGCCCUGCAUAGGUAAAUCGUGUAAUACGGUGCAAGCCUUAGAUACACAGAGAAUUGCUGCUCAAAUCUGUCAGGCUGAGACGCCAUACAUAACAUCUGUUGUAUUAUCGAUAGCCAGUAGUUCAGCUGCGGCAGCAUCUUCCAUGGCUCGACUUUCUUCAUCUUCCACAUCGCAAAUGUCUGUCUCAACAACAUCAUCACUAUCGUCAACAGCAACAUCAUCAAGCACUCCUACUUCAGUAAACACCGGUGGUUCACAAACUACUACAUCAUCCGCAGCAGCUCAGACAAGUAACUCUGGUUCACGGCUAGACGCUGUUGGAAAAGUGGCUGGCAUUGCGAUUCUUGCUGCUUUGGCCAUAUGA